GUCACUCGAUUGGAUUAGAAGGACGCCGAUUCGCGUUGCUCUCAAAGAAAUACAAGAACCUCUAUUACUCUCUUUGAAUUCUCUCAUUUUCACCUCCUUAACCUCAGAUCUCUGAAAAUCCAACGUCUAGAGAAACUUCAGCCAUGAGUAAUGAAGAAUCUGUACCAGUACCAGUCCAAAAUGACGAGAAUCAAGACGAGGAAGGGGUAGAUUCAAGAGCGAAAGACGAGCUACCAUCUGCAAGCCAGGCUCCUGACGGUGGACUUGAAGCCGGUGUCCCUAAAAAUCCAAACGAAAAUGGCGAGAAAGAAGUCGCUGAACCACCGAGGAAGAAGUCCAAGAGGUCUAAAGCAUCUGCAAAGGUAGCAGAAAAGCUCCCAGAGAUUGUUCCCGGGGAUAAAUAUCCGUUUGCCAGACGCAGGGGUAUUCGGAUUUUCUCUGAUCGAGAAAUAGAAGUACAAGACGCUGAGAUGACCAGAGAAUAUUGGAGAUUCUGGAACCAGACAGCCGAAGAGCUGUGCAGUGAUCGGGCCUAUAAUGACUGGGGAAAGAGGGAUUUAAAGCUGUAUAUCGACGCUGCUUGGAUCAUUCACAAGACGUACCUCCAAGAGGUGACUGAACGUCAGCUUGCUGAAAGUUUGAAGGAACUGAUGGAUAAGCAUGGCUACAGUGAACUACCACAGAAAAUCAAGAAUCAAGAUCAAACAAUCACUACCUCGCUUUCCAAGCUUCAAGAUUCAACUGCCAAUCUCAACCAGUUAAAUCUUGAGCUAACAAAAAUUCGUGGUAAACACAUGAACAUUAAACAGAGGCCAAUUGACAACUGCUAUGUACAAGACAAGAAAGAUGAAGACCUACGACAGAGUAACAAACAAGUAUCAGAGUAUGAAAAAAAUCUUUAUGAAGGAAUGUCCGAGGUGAAACGGCAUCAAGACUCCCUGAAAAAGGGCUUGAAUAGACUGCAAAAUAUGAUCAUCAAAGCUAAACUGGAUCGUCCCAUACAGGAGGCUGCCACACAGAUCUAAAGUAUGGAUACUGAACUAUAUACAUUAUAGUUACAUUUAAGGAUUGACAAUUUGAUUUUUAAUGAGGACUUUUUAUGUUACAGAGAUUCCUUUAAUGCAGUCGUAGAACCUUACUAAAGAAAGUCAGUUGUAAGGAAAUUUGUUUAAGGUCAUUGAACAAGCUAAUAUUUGAAGAUUAUGUCUAUCAUAUGAGUGAGAUAUUUAAUUCAUCGCUUUCUAAGUUGUCCAUUGAUGGGAAUCAGGACCUUAAGAUUAAUGUUUUUAACGAAUCCCAUUGGCAAACAAUAGAAAAUAAACCUGGUUAAACAUGACACAGGACACUGUGACAUUGACUCUGUCUUCAAGGGUUGCUAUAGAUAUUAUUUUGUAUUUGCUUAUUUUUAAGUAAAAGAAAUAAGUGAAGAACAAGAAUGCAUGUCAUUAAAGUAAAAUUAACAUCAAA